GGUCGCGCAGGGGCGCCAACCUGGCCCUUGAAAGGAGUCGCGGCCGCUCACCCAGCUCGGUGCAGGUCGGUGCUGGAACCUCUUGGUGUGCGGGAGCCCAAGAGUUGAGUUGGCUAAGGCUGGGUCCCCAUCCUGCACAGGCUCCCUCAGAGGUCCAGUGACAUGGUGACAGCCACUUCUGGAAGUCAGAGGAGACCAGGACAAGGCCGGCUUUUUGGUGGUGCCUGGCUAUGUUUUCCACGAAUCGUGGGACAGUUGGAGGCUUCUUCCUGGCAGGCCGAAGUAUGGUGUGGUGGCCGAUUGGAGCCUCCCUCUUUGCCAGUAACAUCGGAAGUGGCCACUUUGUGGGACUGGCAGGGACUGGAGCAGCUGCAGGCAUCGCCACUGGGGGGUUUGAAUGGAACGCCCUGAUUAUGGUGGUUGUGCUUGGUUGGUUAUUUGUUCCUAUUUACAUUAAGGCUGGGGUGGUGACAAUGCCUGAGUACCUACGGAAGCGAUUUGGAGGCAAGCGGAUCCAGUGCUAUCUCUCCGUUCUCUCCUUGUUGCUGUACAUUCUCACCAAGAUCUCGGCGGAUAUCUUCUCUGGGGCCAUAUUCAUCAACUUGGCACUGGGCCUGGAUCUGUACCUGGCCAUCUUUCUCUUACUGGCCAUCACUGCCAUUUAUACAAUCACUGGGGGCUUGGCGGCUGUGAUUUACACGGACACCUUGCAGACGGGGAUCAUGCUGGUGGGGUCUUUUAUCCUAACCGGGUUUGCUUUUAAUGAAGUGGGAGGGUAUGACGCCUUCAUGAAAAAGUACAUGCAAGCCAUUCCAUCUGUGGUUUCUGAGGGGAACCUCACCAUCAAGGAAGAAUGCUACACCCCAAGGCCCGACUCAUUCCACAUCUUCCGAGAUCCACUCAAGGGAGACCUCCCAUGGCCUGGGCUCAUCUUUGGAAUGUCCAUCAUUGCUCUGUGGUACUGGUGCACAGAUCAGGUCAUUGUGCAGCGCUGCCUCUCUGCCAAGAACAUGUCUCACGUGAAGGCCGGCUGCAUCAUGUGUGGGUACCUGAAGCUGCUGCCCAUGUUCCUCAUGGUGAUGCCUGGGAUGAUCAGCCGCAUCCUGUACACAGAUAAAAUUGCCUGUGUCACCCCCUCGGAAUGUGAGAAGUACUGUAACACCAAAGUUGGCUGUACCAACAUUGCCUACCCCACCUUGGUGAUGGAGCUCAUGCCCAAUGGACUGCGAGGCCUCAUGUUGUCAGUCAUGUUGGCCUCUCUCAUGAGCUCCCUGACGUCCAUUUUCAACAGUGCCAGCACCCUCUUCACCAUGGACAUCUACACCAAGAUCCGGAAGAGAGCAUCUGAAAAGGAGCUCAUGAUUGCAGGAAGAGUGUUCAUCGUGGUGCUGAUUGGCAUCAGCAUCGCCUGGGUGCCCAUUGUGCAGUCAGCACAAAGCGGGCAGCUCUUUGAUUACAUCCAGUCCAUCACCAGUUACUUGGGACCUCCCAUCGCAGCUGUCUUCUUGCUGGCUAUUUUCUGUAAGAGAGUCAACGAGCAGGGAGCUUUUUGGGGGCUGAUCAUAGGAUUCCUGAUUGGAGUGUCCCGUAUGAUUGCUGAGUUUGCCUAUGGAACCGGGAGCUGCAUGGAGCCCAGCAACUGCCCCACGAUUAUCUGCGGUGUGCACUACCUGUACUUUGCCAUCAUCCUCUUUGUCAUUUCUGUCAUCAUCAUUUUGACCGUCUCGCUCUUGACCAAGCCCAUUCCAGAUGUACAUCUCUACCGCCUGUGUUGGAGUCUGCGCAACAGCAAAGAGGAACGUGUUGACCUGGAUGCAGAAGAGGAGAACUUCCAAGAAACCCCAGAGGAGACUGAUGAAAUAGAAGCUCCUGAGAACAGAGGAUGCUGCAGGAAGGUCUAUGACAUGUUUUGUGGCCUGGACCAACAGAAGGGGCCUAAGAUGACAAAAGAAGAGGAGGAAGCCAUGAAGUUGAAGAUGACAGACACCUCUGAGAAGCCUUUGUGGCGAAUGAUAGUGAACAUCAAUGGCAUCAUCCUGCUGGCUGUGGCCGUCUUCUGCCAUGCAUAUUUUGCCUGAGCCCUGCCUUCCCCUGCAGGCUGUGCUCUCAAGGGCUGGACUCCUUACUCUGUCUCCCUUUAGUCCUAUUCUGUGAUGUUCUAGGGAAACCAACUAGUUGAAAAUUUUGCCCUAGUUGAUAAAUGUGUACAUGUGUAAUUACAUGAUAACUGGAGAAAGGAAUAUUAAUUUUGCUGUUAACUUAUUUGAGGCCAGUGUGAUAUAGUCAACUGUAUAUACUAAAGCUGCAGAAGGAAAGUACAUUUAAGAAAAGGCAGGCUGAGAAAACGAAAUCUCCAUGACGUCUGAUGCCAGGUUCAACAUGUCAAUUUUGUCUGAGGUCUUUGAAUAUUGUUUCAAAAGUUGUGGUCUCCCUGGUUACUGUCUCUUGCUCUAUCUGACAUCAUCCUCAUCAUCAUUUUUUAAAGGAAAAAAAGUCUCAUUGCAUCCCUGUCAGGUUUUUCCUACCACACUCAUAAAAUCAAUCUGAGAAGCUGAUGAAUGCAUUGAAGCUGAGGGUGGGAGCUUAAUGCCAAGCUGAGCCAAGCAUUGGUGCACACUUGGAGAUGUUCUGGGUGUUUGCUCAAGGAGAGACUUGGGAAGAGCAGUACUUUCUUGGGAAGGACCAAGGCAUCAGCCUAAGAUCAGUAUGGAAAGCAGAUAAUCUUGAGUUAAGAUUUUCUGGUCUUAUAAAUGUCCUUUGUAGAUGCCUAGAGUUUGGGGUUUUAUUCAUUUUGACAUUUACUGUGCCUGGGAUGUCUUAGACAUUCAACAGUAUUUGUGGAUUUAAUGAAUUACAUGGGCGUUCAUUUAUAAACAACUGUUUUAUCUUUACGAAGGCCCGAUCCUUGGCUAACCUUUCAUUGUGGCUGCACAGAGUAGGCAAUCUGGCAUCUUAAAGAAUUGGAGUGUGCUUUCCAGAGGCUGCUCUUCCCCAUGGUGUGGAUGUUGACCAUCAGACUUAGAAGUUGGCUCUGUGUCAUGCAGUAGAGCAAAUGCCCCUCUCGGGAGGCAUCUCUCUUCUUAAAGCAGCCACCCUCUCCUGAAACAUGGGGACAAUUCCUCCUCCCAGUGAGUUCAUGGAACCACAGCCCCUCCUUUUUUUAGGUGUCUUAGUAGGUGAUCAUGCUUAGGGUAAGUGGUCGGUGGAACCUCUCCAUAAUUUUAACUGAGAGGAGUGCAUUUCUUGUUGUGUCUGUUUUCUAGGUGAAUAUUUUUAAAAAUAAUUUAAAUUUAGUUGAUUAAAUUUGAUUCCUCUCAUUCCACCUAUGAAAUCUCAAUUAUAUUAUAAUCCCGUUGAAGUUAAGAAAAAGUCAUGAUGUUAGAAUCAACUGAUUUCAGGCUAGCUGAGAAAAGAGCUGGGUUCUAAGGUCCCAUGGAAUUGAGAUUGGUUCCUGGGUGUUAAAAUGGUUCAGCAGGUGAAGGAAUGGUUUGAUCUUAUGGAAGGAAGGGGAACAGAGAACAGAGAAUGCUGUUUGUGCCCUCAUAGCCUCCUUCAGCUCGGUGGAAACGAGGGGAGAGCAGGGAAUUUCAGAAGGCCAGCAUUACUCAGAGUGUUUAGUUUGGGGGGAGUUUGUGGUUUUCUUGAGCUUUGACAGGACAAAAGGAGAGGACUGAAAACUGGUGGAUAGAGUGGGUGCAGCAUAUCUGGAUUGUCCAAGCUCUGUUUCUGGCUUUGCCAAUGACUUACUGUAUAUUGUGGUAAAUUAUUUUGUCUUAACUGUGUAUUUUUCUCUUUGAAAAAAUGGGAACCUUGGUGCUUAUAGUAUCAACCCACCUCCUCUGGUUGUGACAAUGUUACUUCGAAAAGUGGGUGGGAGAUACUUCCAUGAAAGGUACCAUACAGAUGUUAUUUUAAACUGAAAUUAGUCUUGAAAAUUGAAAUGUAACUUUGAUAAAAUAAAAAUGUUAAG